CAAAGGAUUCAUUUACAUCCGACAUGGUAUCACGAGGCCAAAAUCGGUCCUCCUUCUUCUUCCUCUAAAAACACCAAAAACACCAAUAAUCAUCAAUGGCAAAUAAUCAAUCCAUGCCAAGUAAUAAAAAAACCAUACAUCCGGCUUUCGCCGUUUCCAACAUCAAAGUUUUGAUCCCUGUUACACUAGAUAUCAAACAAGACGAAUACUCUUCAUGGGUUUUCCUAUUUCAACUUCAUCUUCAAGCGCACAACCUCCUUUUUCUUAUUCAUAAUUCUUCUCCCACACCAGAUCUUGACACUGCCACCAUACUACAACUUGACGCCCUAUGUCGUCAAUGGAUGUUCUCCACCAUGACCAAAGAUCUGAUGCUGACUGUUCUCAAAACUGGGAAAACUGCGAAGGAUUUAUGGAAUCAUCUCAAACGUCUCUUCCAAGACAACAAAGGAAACCGCGCUGCCAGCCUUGAAAGUAAGUUCGUAAAUCUAAAAUUUAUUGACUGUAACAACGUUGAUGAUUAUUGUGAUAAGCUACAGGCACUCUCCAAUCGAUUGAGUGACCUCGAGUUUCCAAUGGAUGAAAAACGACUGGUUAUCCAACUUGUCAAUGGAUUUCCGGAGGAAUAUAAUACUGUUGCCUCCUUCAUUCAACAAUCGAUGCCAUCUUUUGACACUGCUCGAUCUCAACUACGCACUGAAGAGAUUCGCCACGAACAUCAAUCCACAUCAAAUACUCACGCUGCCCUUGCUGCCGGAACACCGCACGCCUCCCAUCACCUUCCUGUUGCUGUACAGCGUCAUCAACAAAGUCCGUUCUUCUCUACAGAACAGUCACCUCACUCCCUGGAUCGCACAGCGCCGUUGCUUCCCAACCCAACAGGCCCACUGCAUUCUCACCAGCAGCCCACUACUUGAUCGAACAGAAGCCCACUACUGCCCAACCCAGCAAGCCAAUUUCACCCUUACCCACACUGGGCUUCUCCCUGGAACGCUGCUGCACCUGGCCCAUAUCCGGCAACUCCCUACUGGGCUUCUCCCUGGAAUGCUGCUCCACCUGCCAACCGCGGACGAGGCCGCCAGAACCGUGGAAGAGGACGGGGUCGUGGCCGCCAUCCAACAUCCGGCCGAUCACCGCAAGCCUACAUUGCUCCGACCACAGACUAUCUACAACCGUCAGAUAUGGCCGAAGCCUACAGCUCUAUGAGCAUUCGGACACCCGAUGAUGAUUUCUAUAUGGACACCGGAGCAACCUCACACAUCACCUCGGAUCCAGGACUUGAGUUCGAGGAAGACUAUUCUCCGAUGCGAUAGUUCUGGGGAACUCUAUCCCAUCACCACCUCCGCCGUGCAAUCCUCUUUUUCGCCACCACCUCACCAAUAUUCUCUUGCCGUGUGUUCACCUACCGUUUGGCAUAGUCGCCUCGGCCACCCUGGCAAAGCUGUCCUAGAUGCUUUACGCACAAAAUCUUUUAUUCAAUGUAAUAAGGAUAAUUCCCCCAAUCUUUGUCAUUCUUGUCAAAUUAGCAAACAUGUUCGUCUUCCCUUUUAUGACUCUCAUUCUACCAGUAUUGCUCCUUUUGAUAUAAUUCAUAGUGAUUUAUGGACGUCUCCGUUGAAUAUAGAUACGGGAUUUCGUUAUUAUCUUCUAUUUUUGGAUGAUUUCACCAAUUAUUUAUGGGUUUUUCCACUAAAAUUGAAAUCCCAAGUCUUCACCAAAUUUUUGGAAUUCCAAUCUUUUGUUCAAACUCAAU